AGAAGGCAGCCCAAUCAUAUCCCCAAAUUUACUAAAAACCCAUAAUUUGGUUGAAAAAAAAUUGUUACUCCCACGAAAAUCAAACUGAAAGUGAACCAUAAGACCCAACAUCAGAAUCACCCAAAUCUGCCUUCUUUCCUCCUUUUCCUUUACUGAUUCACAGGAGAAUCAGAGAUCAACCAACUUCAAUCCAGAGCUACAUUCGGGAGUUGCUAGUUGGUGAAGCUCUGUGCACAAAAAUCGUUAUGAUUUUGAACACUUCAUGGCACCAUAGGUCUUUUCAAUUCAUGGAUGUUCCAGAGGGUUCUUCAGUGAUAAUUUUGUAUGGCACAAAUGGUUUCCCAAGGACUAGUGAUUGAGGAGUAAUUUUGGCAUUAGAAACUCCAAUUUUAUUGUGAAAGAGGUCAAAUGGAGAUAUCUCUGUUAAAAGCACUUCUUGGUAAUAUUUCCUUGCUUCUAAGUUAUUCAUCUCUUGACAACACAAACUCAGACCUGGUGCAGAAGUAUUGCCAGAGGACGGAAGAGAUACUUAAGCUGUUGAAGCCAAUUCUUGAUGCAAUUGUUGAUUCUGAAAUUGCUACCAAUGAAGCGCUUAGCAAGGCAUUUGAAGAAUUGGGCCAACCUGUCAAUGAAUUGAGAGAGCUCUUUGAAAACUGGCAACCACUGUCAAGUAAAGUUUACUUUGUUCUGCAUAUUGAAUCAUUGAUAUCAAAGCUUCAAAAUUCUUGUGUGGACAUUUUCCAAUUUCUGAAGUCUUCUUAUCAGCAUCUGCCUAAUGAAUUGAGUUCAUCAUCUCUCGAGCACUGCUUACAGAAACUUAAGCAUAUGGGAUACGAACAGACAACAUCUAUUAUUAAGGAAGCCAUAAGGGACCAAGUGGAUUGUGUUGGACCCCGUGCAGAGAUGCUAGUUAGAAUUGCGGACAGCCUGACCUUGAGGUCAAACCAGGAAAUUCUCAUUGAGACUGUUGCCCUUGAACAGUUGAAAGAAAAUGCUGAACAGUCUGAAAAGACUGCAGAAGUUGAGUUUAUUGAUCACAUGAUUGCUCUUGCAACUCGCAUGCAUGAACGUCUUGUUUCAAUUAAACAGUCUCAGACCUGUAGUCCUGUCCCCAUACCUCCUGAUUUUUGCUGCCCCCUUUCCCUGGAGCUGAUGACUGAUCCGGUGAUUGUGGCAUCUGGACAAACCUAUGAGAAGUCUUUCAUCAAGAAGUGGAUUGGUCUUGGGCUCACUGUAUGUCCAAAAACACGGCAGACUUUGGGUUAUACCAAUCUUAUUCCUAAUUACAAUGUAAAGGCACUGAUAGCUAACUGGUGUGAAUCAAACAAUGUGAAGUUGCCUGACCCCAUGAAGACCAUGAGUUUAAACCAGCCUUCUCCCCUUCUCCUGCAUGGAGAUUCUGGUUUGGUAAGGGAUUCAUAUAGUUCUCAUUCCAGGGGCCAACCAUUGUCACCUGACUUCAGAUUGAUAGGUUCAUCUGAUGAAAACUUAACUGUAUCGACUAGGAUUCGUCGAGAGGGAACAUCCCCACUACAUCCCCGUUCCAGUUCGGAUGGUUCUUUGUCUGGUGUCACUGGAAAUGGGCCAGGUCUGGAUAUUGCAAGAAUAUCACUGAAUAAUGCUGAGGACAGAUCAAAUGCUGAGCAGAUGGAUAGAGAUUCAGGUUCCCAACCUUCUGUAUCUCCAUCUAGAAGAGACUUGUCUAAUGCUGGACGUUCACCUCCGAACCAUGCUAGAUCCGCUUCAGCCUCCAAUGUGCUCUCUAAUUCAGAUUUUCCUCAAGGAGCAGCUGGAGAUACCAAUGGGCCUUCUGAUGGGUCAUAUCAUCUCACAACUUACAGCAGUGAUGGUUCUGGGGUGGUGAAAGCUGAGUCACAGGCUGCAGCUAGCUCAACCAUUCCACAAAGAGACCCUGAGUUCUUCACAUCACGAUCUCGAAGCCAAAAGGGCUGGCGUCGGCCCUCAGAGAGAAACACUGCAAGGAUAGUUUCCUCUCCUGCCACUGAAUCAAGACCUGAUCUUUCUGGCAUUGAAACCCAAGUCCGUAAGUUGGUGGAUGACUUGAGGAGCUCUUCAGUUGAUACUCAAAGAGAGGCAACAGCUGAACUCAGGUUGCUGGCCAAGCACACCAUGGACAAUCGGAUUGUAAUAGCAAACUCGGGGGCCAUUAACUUGUUAGUUGAGUUGCUUUGCUCCUCUGAUCCAAAGACUCAGGAAGAUGCUGUCACGACACUUCUAAACUUAUCAAUUAAUGAUAACAACAAAACACUUAUUGCUAAUGCAAAUGCUAUUAAUCCUCUAAUUCAUGUCCUCAAGACUGGGAGUCCUGAAGCUAAAGAAAAUUCAGCCGCCACUCUUUUUAGCCUUUCGGUGAUUGAGGAUAACAAGGUCAGGAUUGGAAGGUCUGGGGCCAUCGAGCCUCUUGUUGACUUACUUGGGAAUGGGACUCCUAGAGGGAAGAAAGAUGCUGCUACAGCUUUGUUCAAUCUGUCAAUAUUUCAUGACAACAAGGCACAUAUUGUGCAAGCUGGCGCUGUAAAAUAUCUUGUGGAGUUGAUGGACCCAGCUGCUGGAAUGGUAGAUAAGGCAGUUGCUGUUUUGGCAAAUCUUGCCACGCUUCAUGAAGGGAGGACUGCUAUCUGUCAGGAGGGUGGCAUUCCUGUUCUUGUUGAGGUUGUUGAGUUGGGUUCUGCAAGAGGAAAGGAAAAUGCAGCUGCUACACUCUUGCAGCUCUGUACAAACAGUAAUAAGUUUUGCAAUAUGGUGCUCCAAGAAGGAGCAGUCCCUCCACUAGUGGCUUUGUCACAUUCUGGCACCCCAAGGGCUAAGGAAAAGGCACAGGGACUCCUCAGCGUUUUCAGAAGCCAAAGACAUGGGAAUGCCGGGAGGGGCUGAGAUCAGAGGCGACCUUCAUUACCGUCUUAGGUUUUGGAUCCAAGAUUUUUAUACAUUGUGUAUACAUUUACGGCUUACAAAUAAUGCAUUAAGCAUUUUCUGUGUGGAUUUUACUUGUUAAUUUGUAUUGUAAAGGAAAAACAAUGUGGGGAUUUCAUUGAAUUCUCUUGUCAAAUACUUAUUUAUAUGAAAUUGGGAAGAAAUUUUGUACAUAGGGGUCUAGCCUUUGCGGUAAAUGGUGAAUAAUCAGGACUAUGGUUG